CCGUCACUCAAGAGAGUCGUCAGUCAUUUGUUAUUUCGUUUAUUUUAUCGAUAUUCGUUUGUUUCCUUUUAAUUUUUCGUUUUCAAGUACAGUUUAUCGACUUAAUAUGUAACCAUAGCACGUUAUCGAUUGCUCAAAGGUGAAUUGCGAACACAGUGCCUACUCGAAUCACUUCCGCGUGUGAUAAUCUUCCAUCCGCUGCGGAGAAAAACGAAGAAUUGUACAAAUUAGGUUAUAAUAUUUACGUAUGUUAGAAUCAAGAGCAAUACAUUAACAAAGUGGCAUAAAAAAGUAGGUAAACCUUAUACACAUCGCAAUCAUGUUCACCAAGAAGAAAAAGAAACCGCAAAUCUCAACGCCGACGAAUUUCGAGCAUCGCGUUCACACUGGCUUUGAUAAACGCGAGGGUCGCUAUGUAGGGCUUCCUCUGCAAUGGGCCUCUAUCGUCGGCAACAAUCAAAUUCUCAAGUCAACGAAUCGCCCUUUACCUUUAGUCGAUCCAUCUGAAAUUACUCCCACCGAAAUACUCGAUCUGAAAAACAUUGUCAGAGGUAAUCACAAUCACAACCAAAACCAUUCACAACUUCCGAAUCAAAGGCUACAGCCACAAAUGCAGAUGCAACCAUCACUCAAACCAAAUGGCAUUAUACUUCCAAAAACUUCCAAUGUGGCGAGAUCCAAUUCGCUGCGUUCUUCCAGCCCGCCGCGAUUACGUAAAGAUAUAAAAAACAAUACCAAUGUGCCACCAUCAGUGCCAGAAGAGCACAUUAUGCAGUAUCCAUCCAUGCGCGGUGAUAAAAUGACAACAAUGCGCGAAAACUCACCCGCAUUGAGUCAGAAUCAAGAAGGACAUCACAACGGCAAUCAAAAUAUAAACCAAAAUGCACCAGGAAUGCAUGAGCAUUACUAUGGUGGACAAAACGUUAACAACAAACAAGUAUCUCCUGCCGGAUCGAUGUCAUCCGUUCCACCGAUAGGGCUGAAUCACAUGGGGGCGCAUUCACACUCCAGUGUGGGAUCACACCAUAGCCAGUUGAGUCAGAACAGCCAUCAGAGUCAAGGACAACCCGUGCAUCACGGCCACACCGGGGCUUAUCCUCAAAGACCUGAUCAAAACCAAAAUGUAAAGAAUGGAAAUCAACAUUUGGGACCUGGUGGUGUAAAUCCACAUAUUCAGGGGAAUCACAUGAAUGCACAGAACAACAGCACUACAAAUAGCAAUAGUGCUAUUGUUGCUAACAGUGCGAGUGCUGUUGCAGCGGCUGCUGCAAAACAACAGCAUGAACAACGACUUACUCACGAACAAUUCAGAGCAGCUUUACAAAUGGUGGUUUCCUCUCGAGAUCCACGUGAAAACCUCGAACAAUUCAUAAAAAUCGGUGAGGGAUCAACCGGGACGGUUUGUAUUGCCCGUGAACGAACCACAGGUCGACAGGUCGCUGUAAAAAAGAUGGAUCUGCGCAAACAACAGCGUCGAGAACUUCUUUUCAACGAAGUGGUAAUUAUGCGCGAUUACCACCAUCCGAAUAUCGUAGAAAUGUACGAUUCGUAUCUGGUAAACGACGAACUUUGGGUAGUUAUGGAGUUUCUCGAAGGCGGAGCGCUCACAGAUAUUGUUACGCACGCUAGAAUGGAUGAGGAACAAAUUGCUACAGUAUGUAAGCAAUGUCUUAAAGCCCUGGCGUAUCUUCACUCUCAAGGUGUCAUACAUCGCGAUAUAAAGUCGGAUUCGAUUUUACUAGCACCCGAUGGCAGAGUAAAACUGUCCGAUUUUGGUUUUUGUGCGCAAGUUUCACAGGAAUUGCCGAAGAGGAAGUCUCUUGUGGGUACUCCAUACUGGAUGUCACCAGAGGUAAUCAGUCGGUUACCUUAUGGACCGGAAGUUGAUAUCUGGUCGUUGGGUAUAAUGGUGAUUGAAAUGGUCGAUGGUGAACCGCCCUUCUUUAGUGAAUUACCACUGCAGGCUAUGCGUCGGAUUAGGGAGAUGCCUCCGCCGAAAUUAAAGAACGCGCAUAAGGUUUCACAAAGAUUGUUGAGCUUCUUGGAUCGUAUGCUGGUAAGAGAUCCGGCGCAGAGAGCAACUGCAGCUGAGCUCCUCACGCAUCCAUUCCUAAGACAAGCGGGACCACCAGCUCUGCUGGUACCGCUUAUGAGAAACGCGAAACAGUUGUUAAUGUUUCAGAAAAAGGACGAUGGAUGAAUUGUCAUUGCAAUGGAAAGUGUUACGAGCAAAAAACCGAAGUUAAGGUAGGGAUUAAUUAGGAGAAAGUUAGCAGGAACGAAAUAAUCUACAUUACAGUUGAAAUGAUGUUUUUUUUGCGAUGACUGUUAAGUUUUACUUGUUGUCAUGUUGACAAUUUCUUGAAACAUGAUAUAAACAUUCCAAAAACUUCUUGGUAAAUGUUUAGCACGACAAAAUUACCGAUAUUUUAAUUCCAUCUAACAGUAUUACAAGUUGGCUAUUCUUUAUUGGACCUACAUUUGUACUUAUAAGAAUUUUACAAGUUAUGAUAUGACAUUACUCAACGAAGCGUUGAACUGAAACUCGAACUGAAAAACCGUCCGUUGGAAUUUUUACGAAAAUUGUGCCUUUAUUGAUCAAAUAUCAAUCAAAACGUGCUACUUUUUACUUAAAUAAUUAUUUUAAAUACUUCUGACGACUUUACUCCACGUGGCUAUCUAUUUACCUGUUCAAAUAUCGAUAAACAAAUACGAAUAAGUAAGCAGUUAAUUAUUUUUAACUAGAUUAAACAAAAGAGCUAAUGGUGUUAAUAUAUUAUUAUAGUUUGUAAUGUGCUAAAUACUUAUUUUAAUGUUAUUAUCAUUAUAAACUUGUGAAAAAACUUGACACGUCGGUAUCCAAUUUUACGAUUGGACUUAUUGGUGAUUGAUGAAAAGAAUCUCUGAAUAAUUAAUUCUAAUAUUUAUAUAAAUAUAUAAAGCAUUUAAGGAAUUGAACGAAAUGUAAUUAUGUAAAAUGAGCAAAUAAUUACUGUAUCCAAUAAAAUAUUGUAUUAAAAUAUUUAAAUAA